AUGAAGAUCACCGUCCCCGGUGAUGCGACGGACCCAGAACAACGCACUUCAUUAGAACCCUACAUCCUAAAGUCAGAGACGAAGAUGAACCUUGGCCCUGGAAAGAUGUACAAGAGGAAUGCUGUAUUCGCAAAAGGACCAAAUGGUGAAGCGCCCUUUUUGACCAAGGGCGAAGAUAACCAAAUCCUUGUCUACACUGGGUGUUUCAACCCACCACACCGGGGCCAUAGAGAAUUGCUGAUGCAUGCGUUUCUGAGUACGGACAAUAAGACAGUCGCAGCCAUCAUAAUCCCCACAUCCGAAGGAUCCUGCCGACAAAAAAAGGACGGCGAAUUCGUUCUGACCCAGAAACAAAGGACCAAACUCCUCCGAGACCCAUUCCUCGACAGAAUGAGCUGGGUCUUUCCAGGGGAGUGGGAUCUAAAAAAGAAAUUCUUCCGUACAUUGAAGAAGUACGCCAAGGCAGAUGGAUUCGACAUAUCGUUCGUUGCUCUGAAGGGUUCUGACUGGGGAAGCCGAAAUGGCUACCAAGGAUGGGAAUACGGAGAUGGUAGCAUGAUUACUAGCGACUUCACGCGGCCCGCAUGCUGCUUAGACGCGGGAUCGUACGGGAGACCCAUCCAGCUUCCUGGUCUCGGUCGUUGGGAGGAAGAGCGACCCCAACCAGAGAAAGCACGCGACAUCGAAGCUCCCUCGUUUUGCUGGAGGGAUAAGCAAUGGUGCUGGGCUUUUAGAUCGGUGUUUCCAGAAGUCGCGGGAGUAGUCUCACUCCAAGAACUCGAGCAGAUCCUAUCCUUCGAUUCAAGCCUAUACCAUCUUUUACUACACUGUCACCUCAGUCCCGGCCAUACUUGGCGGUGCACAAACUAUGACAAAGACGGGCAUUGGCUUCGCUUGAUACCAUCAGGACGAAGAUACCCCACAGAUGACCGUUUCUGCUCCGCAAGCUCCACUGCCAUUCGCCGGAAUCUCAAUGCAUACAUGAAAUCCCCCAAAGACAACGAUUCGCUUGCCAUGCAUUUGAAUCUCAAGUCGACUGUACGUGCCAUGAAUGUUGGAUUAUUGAUGCACUUUGCAGGAAUCUACGACUCUUGGCCAUUCGCCCCCGGUGUAGAGCCGUCCAACUGUUCUCUCAAUGGGCUUGAGGAAGAAUGGAGAUUGACAUACAUAUCUGACACCGAGCUUCAAGAAUUGGUUCUCGGAUCGAAGAGGGAUUUGUACAUGGCGGUAACCAACCCCCAAGUGCAAGGGAAAUAUCUGAAGAUAUUCGACCACCAGAACAGGACUUUGCACUCGGUACUAGUUAAACUCCUAGAGAGUAGGAUUCAACGCUACGAAGAAACUAAACACAUGGAAGAAGAUGAACACCCCAAAAAAAAUGAAUGCCUAGAGAAUGUCCCAUGCGGACAAGACUCGAACCCGACUCCAGCAGUAAAUCAGAGUCUAGUGACCGACCGCCUUGCACUGUACAAAAUGUUCGACUAUCUAGUAGCGGGGAUAGAGCUUCAAGAACCAUCUUGA